AUGGUUGCAGAUUGCCUUGGUUCUUGCAAUAUUGAACUUGGCACCCUUGGCGAACAUCCGCAAUCGGCGGUUGACUUAUCGUCGGACGCUGAGAGGUCGAGGGAGGAGGCUGACGGCAUUACACUGGUGCAGAUCGUCAGGUGUGCCAAGAAAAGCGCCUCCUUGAACCCUGGGCCCAACUUUCAUUCGGCACAGCUGCCAUAUAUCUGGGGCUGGCAGCCCUUCCUAAUGGAUUCCAGCCAAGAAGUUAGCCAGGAUGAUCGACGCGGAGGUGACAAGACGCCGGGUAAGGUUUCGGCGGGACUUGACGCCAAGCGGCCUCCGCCGUGGAUCUGGCCCUUCGACGUGGCUGUGUCUUGCUCCGGGGGGGAACCCGAGUCUUGGCGACUAAGGGGUGAACAUCUGGAUGAAUGA